AUGAAGCUACACAUUCUGGAGCUGCUCAGCCUCAGCUUGUUCUUGUCAAAGCCCACUGUGGCCGCCAAGGUGCGUGCAAGUCCUCCUGACGAUGCCAACGAGUCAAGCUCGUACAUCGACAACCCCAGACGGCUCUUUGCGACCGUGUCAGACGCUGCCUGUAUAGGCAGGCCUUUCACGGAAUAUCCGGACAGGGGCUGUAAUGGAUGGAAGGAUGUCACGCAGGCGGAGUGUCAGCAGAAGUGUGCUGACCAUUGGGCCCCAGACGAAUGUGUCCCGGAGCACUGCCACGCUGCGGUCUACUACCCUGCAGGCGGCCUCUGCCAUCUCUACGAGGCCGUCGAGUGCGUGGACCUGAUCCACACGCAGGGCGGGAUCACCAUGCUGGACGAGUUCGAGAUCCAGAAGUAUCGGAAGGAUGAAGCGGAGGAGUCCGCAGUUGAAGAGGCGGAAGAUGCAGCAGAGCGAGCCCAUCCCAACCCGUGGAAGGAGAUGGGCACUGCGCUGCCCGCCGUUCUUGUGAACCUCUCGAACUACUCGGGCCUUGUCAGUGACAAGAACCGGCUGGCGAACGUCAGCCACAAGUUCGGCGAGAUCGAUUCAGAUCUGGAGAUGCUGUAUGACAAGGUGAAGCUUGGAUGCAGCAGAACGCUUCCGAUGAUAUUGUCAGCCUCGCUCCAAGCCUUCGACCAGUGCCAGCACACCUAUCGGCGCUCGAUCAAGCGGUGCGUCUCCAUCGCGAUGUGUCUUCUGCAGUCUGCCGUUGGUACAGACAUCCCCAUGACAGCAUUUACGGCCAUGAUGGAGCAAGUGACCCGCUUCGACGACAUCACUUGGCCACAGCUUAUGGCUCACUUGGGCCGAGAAGACCCGACUCACACGAAGGUCGGUGAGGCCGACAUGCCGCAAGAGUACCAGUGUGAUGAUGUGGAGGCGGUGAAUCCAGCAGCAAACGUUCGCAAGGCGUCAGUGCUGCAGAUGGAGUCACACCAUGCACAAGGGUCUUCGACCGAAGCGAUCUUGGCCAUGUCUGCCGCUUUUCGGCAAGCUGCAGUUGACACGCAUCGCAUCCUGGAUGCACAUGGAGCAAAUACCUCCAUGGAGCUCACGGCACAUUACCUGCAACGCACCUGGCACCCGCUGUGCCAACAGUUGGGCUGCGAUGCGUCGAACAUGCACGACGUCUUCGUAGCAUCGCACAAGCAGACCAUGGCGCUCUUGCAGACCAAUGCGGUGGCACAUGUGCGUCAUGAAAUCCGGCAUCGUGUCAAGAUGGACCUGCGAGUGCAGCGCUUCAUUGCCGAGCAUGGGCAUCGAGGCGAGCUCUCCUUCUACCGACCGGCGCUCACUUCCUCUGAUGCUGCCGCACGCGUCUACGGAGAGAAGGGCCGAGAUGGUGUGCUUGGUGUGGUUCUGCCGACAGUGGAGGGCCUUGCCCAGCAUGAUGAGAGCCGAGUAUUACGACUUUUUGACAUGGUAGAGUUCGAGAAGUUCCGUCGUCAGCUGGAGCUUGAGGAGGCGAUGGAGCAGGAGGAGGAGGAGGACCUCCGCAGCGAAAGCAUGGACAAUGUGGCGGCGGCUCUUGGCUCGCUUGAUGACGACGAGGAGCAAGACCACCACGCGGAGCAUGAGGACGAGGACGACGAGGAUGACGAGAACGAGGAGCGAGAACUCCAUGAGCAUGAAGACCAUGAGCAUGAAGAGGCUUCCGAAGAGGACGAGGAAGGUGAGAAGAUGCUUGCCACACAGCACACCAAGGACGUCAGACCUUCGGAGAUGGCAUUAAUGGAGACCUCUGGUGAGCUUGGACUUGCUGAGGAUGAGCAGGGCGACAAGAGCUCGAGACGCAGCGUUGGUUACGACGACGCAGACGUGGUGCAGGCCGUUGUCAAGUGGGCCCAGAAGUUCUUCGAAUGCUUCGGCCAGUACUCCAAGUGGGAUGCGGUUGGAUACACCAAAUCCUUUGGAGGGAACUUCGGCCUCAGUUUCGGCUUCUCCGGUGGACAUAGCGGUAGCAUCCAGGAGCUCGUCAAAGGAAGCGCAAUCAGCAGCGGCUGGGUCAGUAUAGGCAUGGGCUUGAGCGCCGGCACAGCAGGUGAGUGGUGGUGGGCUGGCGUUGGCCUGAGCGGCUCCGUGACCUGCGGCACCGGCGGAUCGUGCUCACUCGGCAUUUCAGUCGGGGCCAUCGGCUGUGGCUGGUGGGACGUUGGGAUCAAUCCCGCGUGUCCCUUCGAUCUCAGCUGGUUGGGAGUGAAGUGCCAAGGGUCCAGGGGCGGCACCUUGCUGGUCACCUGCUGCGGUGUGGAUCUGAUUUCCGGGAAGCACAACUGUCGGUGA